GGGCCCCCGCGGGGGGCCCCGCGGGCGGGGGGGGGGCCCCCGGGGGGGCCCCCGGGGGGGCCCCAGGGGCCCCCGGGGCCCCCGGGGGGCCCCCGGGGGCCCCCGGGGCCCUCUCGGAACUGGCUUUUGACCCGCAGUUCUUUUACCUGGUGCUGCUGCCGCCAAUAGUGCUGGACGCGGGGCUGAGCAUCUGGCAGCUGGACUUGUUGCAGAACUUCAUUCCGAUUUUGUUGUUUGCCAUUUUAGGGACCUUAUUUAGUACCCUGGCCACUUACGGGGGCCUCAGCGCAGUCCACAGCCACCUGGGGCCCCUCGGGCUGGGGGGGCCCCCCCACAAGGUCCGGGCCUUUCUCUGGGCCUUCGCGGCCCUCAUGUCCGCCACUGACACCGUCGCUGUCGCCAGUCUUUUCCAUUCUCCCCGAUUUUCUCUCAAGUCCUCUUCUCCUCGUCUGCUGCCUCUCCUGUCUUCUCCAAAAGCUCCAACUCCCCGAAAUCCCCGUUCUCGGGGGCCCCCGGGGGCCCCCGGGGGGCCCCGGGGGGCCCCCGGGGGGCCCCGGGGGGCCCCCGGGGGGCCCCCGGGGGCCCCCGGGCAACCACCCGCCGACCAAGGAGGGGCCCCCGGGGGCCCCGGGGGCCCCGGGGGCCCCCGGCGCAAGGAGGAACAAACGCAUGCAACUGUGGGGCCCUACCAGAGGAGGGCCAGGCACGCCAGCGAGGGAGCUGCUGCUGCUGCUGCUGCUGCUGCUCCUGCUGCUGCUGCGGCAGCAGCAGCGGGGGCCACGGCAGCAGCGGGGGGCAGUGAAGGCCCUGCGGAGAUGCGGGCCAGCAGGAGACUCCCCCGCACUUCGCUUGCCCAGGGAUUCGCAGACGCAGCCAGCAGCAGCAGCAGCAGCAGCAGCAGCAGCAGCAGCAGCAGCAGCAGCAGCGGGGAGGCGGGGGGCCCCCUCGAGGGCGGCUCUGUGGCCGGCGAAUUGGCCGCCGCUGCAGGGGGCCCCCCAGGCGUGUCUGCUGCAGCAGCAGAAGCGCGCUCCCCCUCAGCAGCAGCAGCAGCAGCAGCAGCGGAGGAGGAGGCGCUGUGCGGGGAGCAGCAGCGCAGCAGCAGCAGCAGCAGCAGCAGCAGCAGCAGCAGCCUGGUGAACAGCAGCUUGGUCUCCAUCUUGAUGGGAGAAAGCAUUUUAAAUGAUGCUGUUGCAAUUGCUUUGACGAGAUCUGUCUUCAAGUUCUUCUUCACUGACCAAAAAGAAGUGGUCCUUAACGCCGGAGUCUCCGACAAAGUGAGGCAGCAGCAGCAGCAGCAGCAGCAGCAGCAGCAGCAGCAGCAGUGGCAGUGGCAGCAGCAGCAGUGGCAGCAGCAGCAGUGGCAGCGCUAG